AAUUUAAGGGCCCGUGCUCUUCAAUAAACGUGCUUCGUGGGUUCCGAGGCUGCUAGUUGUUUCUCUCCGACAGAAGUGAAGCCAGGCGACGAGAAGGAGACGCCGGGGGAGGAAAGCGAAGAUGAGUGGCGGAGAGAAGGGUAUCCUGUGGAAGCUACCGGAGGUCAAGUCGAAGGAUCUCGGCAAACUCGGUCCCGCCUUCGGUUUCGGCGCCGGCUGCGGUGCCGGCUUCGGUGUUGGCCUCUUCGGUGGUGCAGGGUUAGGGCUUGGAUUUCCGGGUUUACAGUUUGGCUUUGGACUUGGUGCUGGAUGUGGAAUAGGUCUGGGUUUUGGUUAUGGAAUGGGAAAAGGAAUUGCCUAUGACGAGAACCAAAGAUACACAAAUGUAGGCAAGCUGUUUCAAGGGACGAAAAAUCUCCCAGCACAAGAGCAUAUUGGUGCUUUGGUUGAUGAGCUUGUUGUAAAUACCAAAAAGCUAAUUGAAGCAACUUCAAGAGAGAUUGAGAAGUGGAGAUGAAUCAAUUCUGAAGAAAAGGAAUAUCUAGGUGUUACCAGCAUUCGAACUAAUGCUUUAUCUUGGACAUACAAAUGUACUGCAGCUGUGGGUUGAAGACACUAGGAUCCUUUAUGUUGCCAAAGAUAUGUGUUAAUUGCAGUUCACUAUAUAGUUAGCUUUUAGCUUAUUAGCUGAUACAUUUAAUGGUUGGUUAGGAUUUAUGACCUGUAUAUUUAUUUAGUUCCUGCUGCAUAUAAACCUAAUUUGGUGAACAUAUACCAGAUAGUAACUUGAUGCUUGGCUUAUUAUUUUUCUUAAUGAAGCAGGGCGCAUAUUAUAAAAUC